CUUUAUGAGGUGACACACAGAUGCAGCGCAGCAGUUCGGCUCUUUGGAUAUAAACUGUAUUUUUAUCGAGAACUGUGGAGGAGACAUGGAGCGGCCAUCUUGUGUUGUGGAAGAUUUGAAGCAGUUCGUUGUCAAUGAAGCUCCACAAACUGCAUUUUACAUCCCAGAUUUUAUAUCAGAGGAAGAGGAGUCCUUCCUCCUGCAGCAGGUGUACAAGUCCCCCAAAAGCAAAUGGACCCAGCUGUCGGGCCGCCGGCUCCAGAACUGGGGCGGCCUGCCGCACCCCAAAGGCAUGCUGGCCGAGUCGCUUCCCGACUGGCUCCAGAGCUGCUGCGAGAAAGUCUCGUCUCUCGGAGUGUUCGGCGGGAAAACGGCCAACCACGUGUUGGUGAACGAGUACAAGCCGGGCGAAGGCAUCAUGGCCCACGAGGACGGCCCGCUGUACCACCCACGGUCAGCACCAUCAGCCUGGGCUCGCACACCCUGGGACUUCUACCGGCCCGUCUGCAGCCAGGACGGCCCGCAGACCCAGCAGAGCCGCUACCUGCUGUCCCUCCUGCUGAGGCCGCGCAGCCUGCUGGUCCUGCAGGACGACAUGUACCGUCAGCUGCUGCACGGCAUCCAGAACCGGGACCGGGACCCGCUGACGGACCGGGUGGCCAACCUGUCCGCCGCCGGGGCGCGGCCCGGGGAGACGCUGAGCAGGGAAACCAGGGUGUCGCUCACCAUCAGACACGUUCCCAAAGUGAUCAGGACCAGGAUGGUUCUGGGGAGGAAAUGACCCGACCGGAUCAGAACCACAGCUGGAUGUGUCUGUGAUGCAUGAAGGCGAUAAAACAAACUCACGAUGAAUGCUUUGGUCUGAAUUUUUAUUACUACUGCAGGAACAACAUUCCUAUUUUUAAAUUAAUUAUUCAAAGAUUAAUAAAACUCAGUGAUGGGCAUCGCUAACUGAAGCGUUUGUUCCUCUAAGCUAAAGCGCUAAUCAUAAACACUAGUGACGCCAAAACAGCGACACCAUCCUGGUGCUGAGCAGAAACCAACACCAACCUGUUCUACCAACAUGGUGUUGGAUGGAAGCUAAUGCUAAAGGGCAAUGCUGACUCAGUAUUUAGCAGGAGCUAAAACUCAGUUUUAUAGCAGUUGAGUAUGGCUAACUGUGUUGCUGAUUUUGGCUAAUUAAAUGUGAUCAGAAAGUGGUGCAUUCAUGGUACAGGAUAAAUAUAAUUUCCUGCACUUGGUGCUUCAGAAUUUAUGCAGAAAACUGAUUUUGGGGAAGCUAAGUGCACUAAAUGUUUUCAAAGCAAGCAGAAAGCUAACAUGCUAACUGAAAAAGAACCCAGUGGAAGCGUGCUCAUCGCUGAUAACCAUGGUGAUAAAUUUAUGGGGCAAAUUAUUUGUAUCAUCUGAAAGUAUGUCAACAUUUCAAUGUUAUAUCUGCUGUGAUAAAUGCAACAGCUUUAAAACUGAUUUAAGUCUUAUUUUGCUGGGCCUUUUAUCUCUUUUUGUAAUAACCAAAGUACAUAAAUUAUUUUCUGAACUCUGCACAUUGAGAUAUUCAUUAUGACUGGAUCAUGUUGAGCUCGAUCAGAUAAAAUGAUUCUUAUUCAUGAAGAAGGUGGAGACUGAAGGUUGAGAUCCUCCCAUCGACCUGGUUGCUGGUUCAAACCCUUUGAUUGAAUGUAAAACAUAAAAAUCCAAGCAAUAUAUAUAAGAAUCAUUGAUGAUGUAUUUUUGUUUCUGCUGUCAAAGUGAGCUGUGCCUGUCUG